CUACAUGGCAAUAUAUAGGGCUGCUGCUAUACACCUCCUCUACCUAUCGGAAGGCAGAGGCCAUUCAAAAUGUUGGAAGGCGUGUCAUCGAACAGAUUUUUUUUGCUCUGGUUCCAGAGUACAUCAAGUCAGUGUCAACCUCUCGAAAAGAUCAGUUGCUCUUCGACCUUCCAAGUGCUCACUUCAAAAAAAAUAUUUUUUUUAUUAAAUUAAGUUAAAUUCUUCUCCGAUAGUUUCCCUCCAAAACAUUUGUCAAAGUUUGUUUCGAGCCCCAGAAACAUUUAGCAUGACUUCAAUCUUACCCAACACGAUCGGCUUUUCUCACCACCAGUAUCCGACAUCCGCGCCGUUACCAAUGAUGCAGCAUCACCCGUGCAAUCGGUUCGGAUUCGGUCUCAAUCCUCACCAUCAAGUUCAAUCCUAUCCGAUGCAAUAUCAUCAUCCUGCGGCCACCAAUUACCACCAAAACGGCCAUCAUCAUCAUCAUCAUGCGUCUGUCGUGCCAAACUACUCCAUCAAUGAAUCGAACAUGGUGCAUCAUCACAAACCAACAAACCCCUGGCCAUCCGUGCCCGUUUCGAUGCCGGUCAACGUCUCCUUACCCGCACAUCAACAACAGUUUUCAAACAACAACAGUGACGCCGUCAUGAACAACAACAACAGCACCACUGUCCCGGCCGUUCGUGACCUCCCGCUAACGCCACCCGCUGAUCGUGAAACUUCAGUUGUCCCCGUAGUUUCUUCAUCGUCGCCCAGUUCGUACUACAUGUUGCACGGUGCCUCUUUGGCAGCGUCGAGCAGCAGCAGCAACAACAACAACUUGAUGAUGGGCAACUACUCGCAAUCUCCCGUCGACAAGUCUAUGACCCCGCCACAGGAUCACACAGUGCACCAUCAGAAUCUUCACCACAAUCUCCACCAUCCCCACCACCACCACCCCAUCCACCACGAACAACAGCAACAGGCCGAGUCGACCCUGGGAUCUUGGUGGUCACCGGCCAACAGUGCAAUCCCGACCGCUUCCAGUUCGACCGGCCAGUGCAGCGCCACGGAUUACGCCUUCCAUCAUCAUCAUCACCACCACCAAAUGUUAGCUGCUCAUCAGCACACGGCCAACAGCCUGCACCAAUCGCCAGUGACCACACCGUCGUCCGUGCUGGAGACGAGCAGAACUUCCUGCGCGUCGACGCCUCAUCAUCAGAAUCCCAGCGAAUUCCAGCAACGGGUGGCUGCUGCCCUCCUCAAAACUCACGCCACGCUGGCUUCUCGCCGAUGCCGAAGAUGCCGCUGCCCAAAUUGCCAGGAUCCAGGAACAGGAGCGAUCAUCACUGGCCACAACAAUAGUCAGCACAAAAAGAAACAGCAUCUCUGUCACGUUCCCGGAUGCGGUAAAGUCUACGGAAAAACGUCGCACCUGAAAGCGCAUCUUCGUUGGCACGCGGGCGAACGGCCGUUCAGCUGCCAGUGGCUCUUUUGCGGGAAAAGUUUCACGCGCUCCGACGAACUCCAACGCCAUUUGCGCACUCACACGGGCGAGAAGCGCUUCGCUUGCCCCGUUUGCAAUAAGCGCUUCAUGCGAUCCGAUCACCUUUCCAAACAUUCAAAAACGCACGAACUCAAACGAACGAGCAAAAGAAACAACGUCGCAGCAGCAGUUUCGACAUCCAAGUCGAAUGAAUUGGAAAACGAACACGACGACGUCGACAUUGAAGACGUUGAAAGCGACGACCUCGCCAGUCCCAAAUGGGACAUGCCCAAUUAAUCCUAAUCCUGUUUACAUUAUUUUUACCCCUCAAAAUUUGCUACUUUUUAUGAUAUUUUUCUUUGUUGUGUGUCCAUAAAUGAAAAUUCAUGUACAGUUUUCUUGUUGUAAAAAUACAAACGAAAAAAAAAGAAA